UCGAAAAAUAACUCGUGACUCGCCUGAAAUAUAUUUUUUCAGGUAGAGCUAGUACUGUAAUCAUUCUGUACCAUGGAGAGAGAAUAAUCGCCCGAAUAAUUUUUAUAUAUAAUAAUUUAGGGCAAAUAUGGAGAAAUAUAAAUUCUGACAUUAGCGCUUGAACAACGAAACAUGUGGAGAGUACAAGGACUUGUUGGAAGAGUUUUGAGCCGGUGCCAUGUUCACACGCCCCUGCGCCUGACCCAGAAUCACCAUGUGGAGGAUGAGGUCAUCAACAACUCCACUGUCCUCUCCACUGGCCAUCACCUCCCUGACAACAGCUCUCAGAAAGAGGAGGAUGGCGACAAGAGGAGGAAGCAGAGGACCUCCCAGUUCUGCUAUGCUGGGCUCCCCCGCUACACUGCCUUGGAUGCAGUUGGCUGGGGAGCAGCUGCAAUGCUGUUGAUGCAGAUCUGUAGGAGGAUCCACUCUCAGUUCUCUGGGGCUGAUCCCAACUCUAACACAGGUCGCCCGGCCUCUCAGGGAACCCUGCAGAGGUGUGGCUACCGUGUGCUACUGGAGAUACUGACGCGCCGUGACGUUCUUCCCCGAGGGAGGAGUGUGAGGUGUCUGUCCCAGAUCCAGCUGCACAGCCAGCAGGACCUGGAGCAGGGCAGCAGCAGUAGUAAUGACAGCAGCCCUGACCAGCUUCAUGACGACCACCUGAACGCUGACAGUCUCUUCACCGACCACCAGGGGGCAAACUUGAGUCAGGACUCUACUGGAACAGAGGAGUCGUGGUUUGAGCCCUUCCUGUCUGCAGACGGAACCAACCAGGCACAGGGAGAGCAUCCUGAGCAACACCAUGAACAGCACGACUUGGAGGGGGCGGCCAAGAACCUGCAACAGGUGGCUGAGUCCAGUGUUCCUGUAGUCCUCAACAUCAUCGGACUGGAGAGUGCUAAAGCAGGAGACUUCAAGGCUGCCUUCUUAUGUUUCCUGGCCUCAGCCAGACAGGGCUACUGCAAGGCCCAGUUCAACACAGGCGUCUGCUACGACAAAGGCAGGGGUGUACACCCAGACAGGGAGAAGGCUCACCACUUCUACAGCCAGGCUGCAGCAGGAGGUCACAGUCAGGCUCAGUAUCGCUGUGCCAAGUUCCUCCUCCGCCCCAGCAGAGGGCAGCUGAGCACACAGCGGGACCUGGACAAAGCCAUCAGUCUGCUGCAGCAGGCAGCCUCAGCUGGCCUGAGAGAGGCCCAAGUAUAUCUGGGUUCUCUGUACACACAGGAGCCGGUCCGAGAUGGGCGCAAGGCAGUUCACUACCUGAAGAUGGCAGCAGAGAGUGGAGACAGUGAGGCUCUGCUGUUCCUGGGUCAGUGUUAUGAAACUGGGUUCGGGGUGCCCCGGUGCUUCUGCAGAGCCGUAGGGUUCUACCAGAGAGCCGCCGAGGCGGGAAACAGCCAGGCCAAGAGGUUACUGACACGCCCAUGUGGGGUGGACGGAAAGGUCGUGCUGCGCUCCAUCCGCUCGUCUCCGUGCCUCUCCGUAGCCGACUGGCUGCGUGGACCUCUCUCUGGCCUUCCCCCCCCGGGCCCUCCCCCAAGUCGGCUCCCCCUCCACCACUCCUGGAGCACGGGGAGCUUGGGCGCCGCGGCGGCCGUGCCCUCCCUCCCCCUCCAGCUUCACCCACCCCCCGCCGGCUCUGAGAGACAUGCGGUUAUGUGGACAGUAGGGCUGGGGUAGCUAACGCACAGUGGUGCCUUGUGAAUGUAGCGGCUGGAGACUUUAAACACGGGGACCUGUCAGCAAGGUUUACUGUGCGCGUGUACGUGCGUGUGUGCAUGUGUGUGUGUGUGUGUGUGUGUGUGUGUGUGUGUGUGUGCAUGCGCGUGUGUGUGUAUUUCACCACAGGUCCGUUUGUUGAGGAAUGUGCGUAAGUAAUGGAGAUACCAAGCCGUGUUUGAAAGGCAAGGCAGGUCAACAUUUGUGUAUGGCUUUAACUGCUCACCUAUUCAAUAGAUUCAGUAUACUUCCUGUUAAAUGUUCUUGCAGCCGAAACUUGGCCAGCUGCUUUUUGAUGAACUGGGUCAAAAGAUGGUAUUGAGAUGUGUGCCUUAUGGAAUGACUGGGACUACAGGAUCUUUGCCUCCCUCUGGUGACAUGAUUGUGUUGUCUUUAAAACUGAAUUACCUUGCAUGUGAACGGACUGUGUAUGGCAUCGGUCAGGGUUAAAAUAAUGUGAGUGAAAAAUGUCAAGUACCUUGCCUUUUCCACAGUCCAUCCCUGUCCCAUGCGAUCUGGAGCUGUGCAUUUACCCUUGUGGUUGUGGAUAUGUAUAGUACCAAUUAACAGUUUGGCACUUCUGACUGGCACUGUGAGGUUAUACAUCAUUUACUGUUUUGUAUGUUCUCUAUGCUUUAAGAACACUUCUGUAACUGAACGCACAAGGUGUCACUGGAACACCAUUAAAAAACGAUUUUCUAU